GGAGAGAGAGAGAGAAAGAGAGGAGACUGAAGCAAAAGUCAGUAGACCGAAAUAUGCAUACGCGUCUCGGCAGCGACUUCGGAGAGAAGACAAAAAGGGAGAAGAACUACAAACAAGGAAGGAUAAAUAAUACGAAGAAUCAUCCACGGAUUCCACGCCAAUUCGCUAGACAAUUUAAUGAGGUAAGUAGUGGAAAUUCUUGAGGAAAGAACCAUGGUGUUCCGCUGCUUUGGUUCAUCAAGUGUAGAUCGUCGAAGAAAUACAGUUCAAGCUCAGCAAGAAGUAUCAGAAAAUCUACUUGGAAGUGUUAAGAAUUUCUCCUACGAUGAGUUGAGAAAAGCAACAAACGACUUUAAUUUUAGCAACAAGAUUGGAAGAGGAGGUUUUGGGAUUGUUUACAAGGGAAUCCUUAAAAACGGGAUGCCAGUUGCUGUAAAAGUGCUCUCUUCUGAAUCAAAGCAAGGAUCAAAAGAAUUCCUGACGGAGAUUAAUACCAUAGCAAAUGUCAAACAUCCGAACCUUGUCGAGUUGAUUGGGUGCUACAACCAAGGAAUGAGGAGGAUGUUGGUGUAUGAAUAUCUCGAAAACAACAGUCUUGACCAUGCAUUAUUAGGUUCAAAGAGAACCACAAACUUGGAAUGGGGAAAGAGAUCUGCAAUUUGCAUUGGCACGGCUAAGGGACUAGCUUAUCUCCACGAAGAACUUGAUCCGUCUAUAGUGCAUAGAGACAUUAAAGCAAGUAACAUUCUUCUUGACAAGGAUUUCAUUCCGAAAAUUGGAGACUUCGGAUUGGCUAAGCUCUUUCCUGAUACAAUCACGCAUAUCAGCACAAAAGUGGCUGGCACAACCGGUUACCUAGCACCUGAAUACAUGUUUGGUGGUCAACUUACGAGGAAAGCUGAUGUAUACAGCUUCGGCAUUCUCAUACUUGAAGUAGUAAGUGGGAGAAGCAACACAAGGUCAAAUUGGGGAGGGUUGGAAAAACUUCUCCUUGAAUGGGCAUGGGAGUUGUAUGAGGAAGAAAGACUAAUAGAAUUGGUGGACAAUGAAAUGGAAGAUUUUCCGAAAAAUGAAGUGAUCAGGUACAUGAAGGUAGCCCUGUUUUGCACACAAGCAGCAGCCAACCGGAGACCGUUAAUGAGCCAGGUUGUUGAGAUGCUAUCAAGGAAAAUCAGGUUAAACGAAAAGGAACUCACAGCACCCGGAUACUUCCAAUACGCGGGAGAGUCUUCACAAUCCCAUAAAAAUGGAAAAUUAUCGGAUGAGACCUCCACUAGCUACCAGAUGAGCUCUGCUCCAUUCAGCAUCACUCAGGUUAGCCCAAGAUGAUGAAUUAAGACUCAUCAUUAUAAUUUUUAGUUAUAUUACUUUAUUUAUACAUAGAAAGGUGAGAAAAAUAGAAUGGCUAAAAGCCCUUUAGAUGAGAGAAGACUUUUACCAUUGUAAACUUCCAUUUCAUUCAAUAUUCUCUUAUAAAAGAAUGGUUCUAUCUAA